UAAUUCAACUUGAUAAGAAAUACACAUACAAAUGUAUGUAUGUACAGCAGGCAUGUAAUCAUUUAUGUUCAGGCAUGUUCAGUUGACUUACAUAGGAUUGUCAAAGCGCAACUAUUGCUCGUGUUAAUAUUUGUACAAAGCUAUGCGUAUAUGUAUGUAUAUAUACAUACAAAUAUAUUUAGUUAUGUGAAUACUUGUGUGUACAAUGUUAAAAAAUAUUUAAACAAAAUUUCAUACAAAAGACCACUUCGUACUAAACCUCUCUUUGAUCCGUGAUAUAUGAGUACGUAAUACAUAACACUUUAUCAAAUACGUGUUUUUAAGAGUCGAGCAUAGACCUGAUUUAUAGUUUUUGCUUAUGUUUAAAUAACUAUAUAAUACUAAGUUCAUAUUGUAAUUAUAUUUCGUAGUGAAUAAUGGAAUAGUGCAGAAUUUGCAUUGUAAAAAUUUGUGAUGUUCUGCUUUUAACUUCCUUUAAACAGCGUUUAUUUUAUUAAAGACAAUGUACGAAAAAUAUAAAUAAAGUGUACACUAAAAGGCGUGAAAGUCUAAAAACUCAAAUUAGCUCUAGCUAAAAGUUUUGGAAACAUGGAUUUUAUUAAAUUCCUUGCUGUAUUUGUAUGUAUUAUUUCCCACAACAAUUGCGAUGCUCGUGUUCAAAUGAACCAACACUCAGCAGAAGGAAAUGAUUUGAUUGACGAAAUUGAUGAAGAAAAAAAAAGCUUGCUGAUGAUACCAAAAAGUCAUACUCUCGUCGUACGCCUUCCAUUGAACACUUUGCUUAAAUAUACGGCUUACAAGGAUAUUUCCAUAUUACAUUUUAAAGUUCCUGCUGACACCCGUGCUGCUUUUUUCGCAUUCAAGGCAUAUGAGGAAGGGAAAAGCGUAUUUCGCGGUAAAUGCAAGCCUCAGAAUGUAGAUAUACAUUUGAAAGCUGGAAGCUAUCCCGUUAUUAGUCCGGAAACUAUAGCAUUUCCAAAAAAUUUUCUGUCGGCCGAUCAAAGAUCUAAAACAUACAGUCUGCAGUUUCAGUCCAAUGAAAAACAACAACAUUUUUUAAUUGAAGGCCCACAAAUAGGUGAUUGGUACGCAGUUGCGUUUAUUAGUUGGACGGAUCCAAACAAAGAUCGUAUUGUACAGCAAGGAGGGGGCAAAUUAAAUAAAACUGCCAAAACAGAUGUCACAAUCGAAGAACUGACAGAAAAGCAGGAGGAAAUGAAAGAAAUGUGUAAAAAACUUUCACUGGAAGUAAAUACUUCAAAAGCCGAAAAUAUAAAGCUCAAGUCCAGUGAUGUAAAGAAAAUUCAGAAUUUGGAAAAUAAGGUUGAAUUCUCAAAAGAUGAGGAAGAACUAGCUAGAGAAACGGAAUGGAUUCUAAAAAAAGACCAGCUAAAAAACGAAAAGCGGAAUAUUCUCCUGAUCUUCAGGAAAAGCAGAUAACGCAACAUCAAAACCGCUUACCCCUAAAAAUAGUUCGCGACCUCCACCAAUUAUGGUGUAUGGUAAUGAUACCAAUGGCAGUAAUUAUCAGUAACUAUAAUAUAUGCUAUUGCAAAAUUAGAAGCAAAAACAAUUUUACCAUUAAACUUUUAAAUAAUGGUAUAUAUAAAGUAAAUACUUUCUCCAUAGAGGACUGCCGAUGUAUAUAUAUGAAUGAACUUUCGUGCAGAAAUAUAUCUUGGUAUAGCUUUGAGAAUAAGCAAACGCGGCCAAUUAGAGUUACUAAAAAAUUUGCAUUAUUCUAGGGAUCCGAAAUCGAUUAUUAUUGACUUAAAAGAGCAAGGAUUAAAUACACUGAGUGCUGUCAAUGGUCUUCAUUGGAAAACUCCCCUCGACAUGUUUUUGGUAACAUUCGAUCCCAUGGAGAAUAUAAAAAAGAUUUACGAAACCAAAACUAUAUUGAACUCAAUUGUUUCUAUUGAACCGGUAAAACUGCCUAAGCUGAUAACACAAUGCAAACAUUGCCAGUCAUUUGGCCACACACAAAACUAUUGUGGCAAGCAACCAAGAUGCGUUAAGUGCGCCGGUAAGCACAAGACAUCUGAAUGUUCGAAACCAGAGAAAAAAGCCUAAAUGCUUGUAACUGUGGCGAAGCACAUCCAGCCAACUAUAGAGGGUGCAUUGUUGCCAAAGAAUUACAGAAAAUACUAGCUAACACAAUUGACCACAAAAAAGGUGAUGGUCUAGCCCAAAAAGUAGAAGGUUUUGUAGACUUUAAAACAAAAAACAAUGAACAUCAACAACAAGAAGAUCCUAAAAUUACAGCUGAAACAUCAAAAAAAUUUACUUUUGCUCAUGUUCUAAAAGCAAAUAAUAAUGAUAAUAUAUCCAGUAACAGCAUUUUAUCACCGAUCUUACAGAAACUUAAUAAAAAAGACGAAUUCAACGCUUAUGCAAGCUUGGAAAACAUCUUUUUAAUACCAAAGAUGUCUAAAUCUAUAAAAAUUAUUCUAUGGAACUCAAAUGGGUUAAGCAAACAUAAGAAUGAAAUCGUAACUGUACUGAACUCGGAAAAUGUUGACGUAUGUAUGAUAUCGGAGACACAUUUUACGUCACAACCUAUUUUAAAAUUCAAAACAAUGAAACUUACCAUACAAUGCAUCCAAGCAAUUACGCCCGCAGCAGAAGCGCAAUACUAAUUAAAAACACGAUCAUACAUUUUGAGGAAGAAAAACUUUCAACCGAUAAGUUUCAAGCUACAACAGUCACUAUUUAUAGAGCUAAAAGUCCCCUCUCACUUACCUCUCUAAAAUCCUCCAAGGCAUCAAAUCGAAUUUGAAGAGUACCAACACUUAAUAAACAGACACAGAUAUAGAUUCAUAAUGGCUGGAGAUUUUAACGCAAAGAACACCCGCUGGGGUUCAAGGCUUACGACUACAAAGGGGAGAGAACUUUAUUAAGCACUGCAGUCAACCGGAAGUUACGCAUUCUCAACGAACUUACCUUCAUAUUGGCCAUCAGAUAAUCAAAAGAUUCCAGACCUGAUAGAUAUUUUCAUUGUCGGCAAAAUAUCCAGAAAAACAGCGGCCUUGUUUCAUAAACGUAUAGAUUGGAUGAUGGAUGAAAACACUCCAGCUCUGAAAGUGUUCGACGCAGUACCCGCCGCGGGAAGCAGAGGAAGAGGAAGACCUCCACUCCGUUGGAAGGACCAAGUGGAGAAGGACCUGGCCUCGCUUGGAAUAUCCAAUUGGCGCCACGUAGCGAAGAGAAGAAACGACUGGCGCGCUGUUGUUGACUCGGCUAUAAUCGCGUAAGCGGUGUCUACGCCAGUAAAGAAGAGAAGAAGACAGCUUGGAAAAGUACACCGAAAUUAAAGAAAAUUGCUAUAAACUCUCAAUAUUCUAAUGAUAUAAAAGAAAUAAUUAAAUUAAAGAGAAAACUACGACGUAAGUGGCAUUAAAAUCGUUGCUCAGCUGAUAAAUCUAUUUUAAAUAAAGUCUCUAAAGAUCUUAAUCGGAAAAACAAGAGGUUUAAAAAUUAUAGUUUCGCAAAAUAUCUUCGGCCCCUAAGCAAUGGAAAAAAAUCCUAAUACUCUAUUUGCAAAAACUGUAAAAGACUACAAACACCAAAAACUCAAGUAUGACCCAUUAAAAUAAGUGCUGAUAGCUGGGCCAGAGAUGAUUCAAAAAAAGCAGAAGUAUUUUCGAAUUAUUUAGCUAAAAGAUUCUCCCCAUAUGAAACACACGUAGAUUAUCCUACUGCUUCCAGUCAAGAAAGCGAAGAAAUCUCAAGUUGCACAAGCAGUGAGCUAAGUAAGGAAAUCAAAAAUCUGAAAAACAAAAAAUCCCCCGGUUACGACCUGAUUACUGUCGCGGUCCUAAAACAGCUUCUUCAAAUAAUUAUAAAAAAAUUACCAACAUUAUUAACGCGGCUUUUCGUUUUAAAUAUCACUUCUACCGAUAAUACUCGUAUAGAAGCUUUUUGAGAAAAUUCUCAUAAAACGUAUCAAUAAAAUCAUUGAACGAAAAACCAUAAUUCCAGCGCAAUUGGGGUUCGAGCCAAUCAUUAUACGAUUGAUAAAAUCCACAGGAUUACACACAUUAUUAAAAAAGCCUUUGAGGAAAAAAAAUUCUGUUCUGCCGUGUUUUUGGAUGUUGCAAAAGCGUUCGAUAAAGUUUGUCACAGAGGACUGCUUUCGAAAUUGAAACUGAUUUUACAGAAACAGCAUUAUAAUAUCAUAAAAUCGUAUUUAUCAGAUCGCUACUUUCGCGUUAAACAAUGAGACAAAUUCUAUUCUUCUAUUCUUAGGGAAAUAAAUGCAGGAGUUCCACAAGGUAGUGUGUUGGGCCCUUAUACUAACGCAAACAGUAAGAAAGUCGUCCAAUAAUUUCAAAAUUACUACGACUAAUUGGCAAAGCGACUUGGUAUUGUGUGCUGAUAUAGAGCGUGAUCUAGGCGUAAACUCGGUUAACUCAGAAAUAUUAAAAAUUGCAACAGCACAUAGUGAAUUAUUGCUACAGCAUUGUAACGAAGAAGUAGCUAUGUUAACUUCUAGAGAUGGACCAAGACGACUCAAACGCCUCAAACCCAGCGAUCUUUCAAUUAGCCAAUACCCUCAUAGUAGUUUUUUGAUUUUGUAAUUAUAUGUUUAAGUCAUAUUCAAGCUGCUUGUUAGUCAUUUCUUUUAUUUGAACUAGUUGCAAUGUAUAAACAAAAUAUAAAAAAAUCCCAAGCGGAUAUGAGUCUCGAUAAACUCCCGUCUCAGACAAAAUACGCGACAUCGCACUACCAGCAGAAAUUAAUUCGCUCCAAGAACCAACAACAACAUCAGCAGUCGAAUCAUCGAGACGGGUCUCGAAGCUUCGAUUAUCGAGCUAGCUUCCAGUUUUAAUCGGCAGAACAUAUCUCGUUCCCGUUAUCGUCAGCACUUUCGUUCGCGCUCACCUUCACCAGCAUCAAACACUCGGCAUCAUCAAAAAACUUCGGCAAUAAAGCGAAACGUUGCUGAUCGUCUUGCUCAUUUUAGGGAAAUCUACCGUCGGACCGUCGCACCAUGGCCGUCCGAACGUGUCAACUAUAAUCUCACAGCAGCAAAUGGAUCGACGAUAAAUACGUAUAGUUGCAUAAUUCUCUCAUUAAAUUUUGGCCUCAGACGAUAUUUUAAAUGGCGCUUCGUGGAGGAGGACAUAACGAAACCUUUUUUUGGCGCAGAUUUCUUGGCUCAUUUCGGCAUAUUACAUGACCUCAAGAAUAGCUGCCUUAUCGACUCGAUAACUGGACUAAAAGCCGCAUGUAAGCUUUAGUAGCCAACAUUAUUUCGGAAAUUAUAGUACUGCCCGUCGACCCUAUAGGGGCAGAUACAUUAAAUAAGUUUCCUUACCUGACGAAGCUCAAAGGAAUCUGUCAUCCAACAAAACAUACGACGCAGCACCACACAUAUACUACACCGCGUCCUCUUGUUUCUUUUAAGGCCCAAAGACUUGUUCCCGACAAACUUAAAAUCGCUAAGACAGAGUUCGACAAAAUGUUUCAACUAGGAAUCACUCAACGUUCGAAGAGCUCCUGGUCAUCUCCGCUCCACCUGGUUUCAAAAAACUCUGGCGUAGAUUAUCGACGACUUUACUGCCAAUUUUAUCAUCAAAACAGUAUUUUCAACAAUUGAUCUAGUACGCGUUUUUAAUCAAAUACCUCUUUCCAAAGAAGAUGUUGACAAAACUGCAAUUAUAACAUCGUUUGGUAUUUUCGAAUUUCCAUGAUGUUCGGACUUCGGAAACAUUCCAACGAUUUAUCGACGAGGUAACACGGGGAUUAGGCGAUUUCUUAUUCUCAUACAUAGACGACAUCCUAAUCGCUUCCAAGAAUGUUACGCAACACUACAAUCAUCUGCGCUUAAUUUUGCGAACGACUGCCACAUUACAGGCGCCCUUGCACCAAUACAUUCAAGAGACUUCAAUAAAAAGUUCUCACCCGGUCCUCUGGACACCAGAAGGGGAUGCAGCGUUCAAUCAAUGCAAAGAAGAAAUACGUAAAACAAGAAUAUUAGCAUACCCUGAUAAAACGUUCCCUUGGACAAUAUUUACUGAUGCCUCAGAAUAUGCUUUUCUUUCCUAAAAUCAAUAGUUUCGGCGUACGAGCACCGUAAAGUAUAAUUCAAUACACGUUUCGACAAAAAUACUCAUUUCCACACCACCAUGAGGUAGAGAAAUCGGCGCAUUUUUUAUAGUGGUAUCCCCAGUAGGUCUAAUCCACAUCUGACUCACUAUUUAAAUAUUCAGGUCAAUUUCCGUCGCUUCAUGCUUCUUGACGGAGCAGGUGUUGGGUUUUCAUCGUCUUCAUCGUGGUUCUUUUCGUUCUCGAUUUCACCGUUUAUUUGAUCGAGAAUAGUGUCCGUUUCUUCUUCUUCAAUGUCAUCUUUAGACAGAAAUGGCGAAUUAUCGCAAGAACCACCACAGAUCGUGCACACAACGGAGCACUUCAGUCCUGCUUUUCUGCAUCCGCAAGCUUUUUGACAGCCUUUCUUGCAUUUGCAAAAAAUAAGUUUCAGUAAGCUUUCCGGAGCAGGAGGAUCGAAUGUAGUAACAGCAAUGAGCCCGUUCUUCUCUUUUUUCCAUCCCCAUUGUUCUGCAUUUUUUUCGUUUCCAUACCAUUGCUGAAUUUGGUGAUAAGUUCGAAACGAAUGUUAUGGCAGAAGCAGCAGUUCUGUUAGUGGUAACGACGUAAUAUUGAAUUUUCUCUUAUAUGCUGAUGCUGCGAAGCAUGCAUAUCUGUAUUUAUUUAGAGAUGUACUUUUCCGAUUUUUCGCAUCGCUGCAGCUGUAUAAUGCGACAAGGAAACGUUCUCCAGCUUUAGCAAUGUUUUCUGGAUCUGCAUUUGGAUUUUUAAAUACUUCGAUAACCCCGUUUAAAUCUGGGUUUUUUGGAGUACUUUAACAAAUUUCAUUUUUUCUUGAUAAAAUAAUGCCGAUAUGGUAUCACAACCACUAAAGGCAUGUAAAAAUGCAAAAUGAUUUAAGGCUGUUUUACCUUUUAUACUGUUUAUGGAGUAUAUUUGUCGUGAAAUUUUUCCUUUUCCUCCUUUGAGGAUGUAUGUAUAUAUUUGGAUGAGUUGAUAGCGCAGUCAAAAGAACGAGAAGUUCUGUAUCUUCACCGACAACUACAACGAAAUCGAAUGCCGAUGAGAAGUUUAUUGCGGAAUUAAUUAUUAACGUAUCCGCAUCUUUGGUGGCUUGUUUAACCUUUGACUGGUGACAUGGUUUUUGUGUAACUUAACUGGUGACGAGCGGCCUAAGAGGCCGCUGCUUUACAUUGUCUAUAGCAUCGAAACUAAAUACGAUAGCUUACUGCAGUCUUUCAAAUCAUUAAAUGAAUACAUAAAAGAAUAAAAUAAAACUACUCAAUAGACUCUAAAUGUGAUUUUUAAUUAUUAUCUUUCUAAUACAAUCUAUGUAGGAACUAGAAUUAAAAAUCCAGAGAUAAGAUCAACAAUCACGCUCAAAAAAAAAUUAAAUCACCUUAUUAUAACAAAAAUACUAUUUAUCAUUAUAGUUAAGGUAUAUUUAUUAACAAAAAUAAAAUAAAAUAUGUAAUCACAAAUAUAAUUUUAAAAACUGGCAAUGGUCAAUCUUUGGUAAUUUUUAUUGGCAGUCAGGGCAUAAUUGUUUAGCGCACUGCAAGCAUACAUGUUUUCUACAUGAAUGGCAUUGGUAAUUAGACUUGCGAUUUAACUUAGGAGGACAUCUGGUACAGGUUUUCCAUGAUUUUGGUAUAUCCUUGGAGUUUUGGGGUUCUGGUAGCAAAUCAGAACCCAAAAUACGCGCUAAGUAACUGUGGGAUGUCCACAAUAAUGUUGGAUUUAUUUAUAUACAAAAACUGAUUACAAAGUUGACAAAAGAAUUGAAGAUGAAAAUGGAGAUACGUGUUGACAGUUGUGAUGAUGCGCCGAGAAGAAGGAAAGAUGGCGGGUCGUCAGGCAGACAUCUUAUCCAUGGGUUGCCAUGUCUAUAAUAUUUCCAGCGUUGCAUUUGGGGUUGCCACAUAACUUUGGGGUUGCCACAUAACUUUGGGGUUGCCACAUCACUCCCCCCUAUGCGGGAAGACGAAAACGUACUCGACGACCAGAUCUCGUUUGGUACUCUUUGUCUUGGAUUGUUUGAUUCGGCGGGUAAUCCUCGGCGCUGAAAGCUGCUUUUAACCGGUCGAUGGAAAUGUUUACGUCCUUUCCUCGGAUUUUGACUUUGCAUCAGCUACUACGUUUUCUCUUCCGGGGAUGUACCGAAUGUCUGUUGUAAAUUGUGCGAUAAAUUCCGAAUGACGCAUUUGACGCGGAGAUGCCUUUUCAAGCUUUUGCUGGAACACAUACUGCAAUGGCUUGUGGUCGGUGAGGAUGAAAAAUUCUCUUCCUUCUAGCAUAUGUUGAAAAUAUUUGACUGCUUUGUAUGCCGCUAAUAGUUCACGAUCGUAAGUGCUGUAUCUUGUUUGUGUUUCGGUGAGGCGUUCGGAAUAAAAACCUAGAGGUUGCCACUGGUCGUUGUCGUGUUGUUGUAGUACAGCUCCUACCGCAGUUCCAGAUGCAUCCACCGUCAAACUGAGUUGCGCCCUGGGUCUAGGGUAAGCGAGUAAAGUUGCUUUGCAUAAGUCGUUUUUGCAUUGUUGAAAUGCCUCCUUUGCUUCAACUGUCCAAUCAACUGGCGAUGUGUCGUUUUUCUUGUUCCCUUUUAUUAGGUUGAAUAAUGUCAUUUGCCUUUCUGCGGCGCAAGGCAAGAAUCUGCGAAAAAAGUUUACCAUACCGAGAAAGCGUCGCAAAUCACAUGCUCUCGAAGGUAAGUUGAAAUUUUGAAUUGCCCGUACUCGUUCUUCUGGGGGUGAAAUUCCCCUGCUGUUUAUUUUGAACCCUAAGAAUUUAACUUGCGGCUGACCCAGUAUGCAUUUCGAACGGUUGAUAAUAAGGCCGUACUCGCGUAGCUUUUUAAAUACCAGCUGUAGAUGAUGACGAUGUUGAUUCAUAUCCUUCGAUGAUAUCAAAAAAUCAUCGAGGUAUGGCCAGGCGAAGUCGUAUUCACGGAAGAUAUGGUCCAUGAAUCUUUGGAACGUUUGACUGGCAUUCCUUAAACCAAAGCACAUAAACGGGAAUUCAAACAUGCCGAACGGCGUUGUAAUUGCAGUCUUAGGUAUGUCGUUCGGCUCCACGGGAAUCUGAUGGUAGGCCCGACGCAGAUCAAGUGUGGAAAAAAUUUUGCAACCGUGCAGGGAAUGAGUGAAAUCGUGCAGGUGUGGCAGGGGGUACCUGUCAGGCUCGGUGACGACGUUUAAUCGCCUGAAAUCCCCACAAGGCCUCCACUCGCCGUUUUUCUUCUUUGUCAUGUGCAGCGGACUUGCCCAUGGGCUGCGCGAUGGACGACAGAUGCCUGCGUUCCGCAAGAGUUGUAUCUCGGCUUUUGCGGCUUGUAACUUCUCGGGAGAUAAACGUCUCGGUUUGGAGAAGACUGGUGGUCCUUUGGUGACGAUAUGAUGCGUGACGAAGUGUUGUGGUUUUUUGAUUGACAAGUUUUCCAUCGUGAUGUCUUCGAAUUCUCUCAGUAGAUCUUGAAACGGCUGAUAAACGUUAGUGUAAGAUAAAUUGGAAACUACCUUUUUAUUAUUUGAUAUUAAACACAAUCUGCUGGCGUUUGUGACGUCGUCGAUGAGUUUGCGUUGUCGUAGGUUGACUGCUAAGUUAAAGUGCGAUAGAAAAUCAGCUCCGAUGAUGGCUUGUGACACGUCGGCAAUGAUAAAAUUCCAGGAAUAUUGGCGGCGUAGACCCAGAUUGAGGAACAUAGUUUUUUCGCCGUAAGUUUUUAUGGUGGACUUGUUUGCUGCGUAGAGGUAAUUGUUUUUGUCCGGGCAUCUACGUUGUUGUUGCGUCGGUGGAAUUACGCUGACUUCAGCUCCCGUGUCGAUGAGAAAGUUUAUUGCGGAUUUUUUGUCUCGAACGAUUAGGCGGCGGUUUUUAUUGUUGAGCCUGUCGUCGACCGCCAUUGACGACAGACUAAUUAGUUUAACUUUUUCACGCAAGGGUUUCGACAUUUUUUGGCAUCGUUACCAAAUAUGUGGUGGUACCAACAUAAACCAUUCGAGUUGUUGUUUUGCAUGUCGGAACGUGACGGAGGACGGUUUCUGCUGCGACUUCUAUGCCGACGAUUUAUGUUCGCUUUUAUUGAGGCUAUCUCCUUUGUAAUUUCGGCUAGCUGCUGCUCGAUGCUGGAUUGACUGCGUGCUGCUGUGUCUGGAGUUUUGACCACGUGUACGUGAGGGGUGUCGCUAACCUCACAUAUCUUGUCCGCGAGCAGGGCAACUUUGUCGAGGGGUUCGUUGCUGAUAGAAAUAAUUAAUCGCAUGUUGGAAGGUAACCGACUCAUCCAAAUGGACUUUAGUAUGUUAUCGUUGAUCUCGCUGCCGGCUAGACUUCGCAUUUCGCGCAAGAGCUGUGAUGGACGCAUAUCACCGAGCUCUUGUUCCUGCAGUAGCUUCUUUACCCGUUUCUGCUCCGAGUCCGCGAAUUGUGUUAUUAUACGAUUUUUCAACGUUGUGUACAAUUCGCUGUUCGGUGGAUUAAGGAUUAUGUCGCUAAUUUGGGCUAGCACGUUGCUUUCGAUCGCGGCCACGACGGUGUGGUACUUUGUUUUGUCGCUCGUUAUGCCCGCCGUGAUGAAUUGCGACUCGACCUGCGCCAUCCACAGUUCUGGCUUUGCGUGCCAGAAUGGUGGGAUUCUGAUGGAAACUUUGGCCACUUCCACGUUGCGAUUUUGGGUGUCCUCUGCCCAUUGGUCCCGAUGCUGUAAAUUCUGUGCUACCUGGCUUACCGCUUCCUCUUCUGUCAUUUUCGAUCACGUCGAGGUCACCAAUAUGUGGGAUGUCCACAAUAAUGUUGGAUUUAUUUAUAUACAAAAACUGAUUACAAAGUUGACAAAAGAAUUGAAGAUGAAAAUGGAGAUACGUGUUGACAGUUGUGAUGAUGCGCCGAGAAGAAGGAAAGAUGGCGGGUCGUCAGGCAGACAUCUUAUCCAUGGGUUGCCAUGUCUAUAAUAUUUCCAGCGUUCCAUUUGGGGUUGCCACAUAACUUUGGGGUUGCCACAUAACUAACUCUGUGUGAGUUCACGAAUUUUCUCAUUUGUCCACUUCAAUAUUUCUUUUAAGAUAUCCGGACUCAUUAUUUUCUUCCACAGUGAAAAGGGGUCUCUUUCGUCGUGUACAUUCAACCUCGAUUCCGGCACACAAGCUAUAAUGUUAUGCUGGCUUGUUCGUGCAACUCUGUUUGGCGAAUUUUUUGCCCACUUAAACGAUUCUUACCAAAGAAACAUCUAACAAAUCUUGAUAACGGUUCAUCAUUACUGUCACUUUCUGACUGCAGAUUCCCUUGAAUUAGUUUUUCAUCUUCAGAAGCACUUUGUUCGCUGCGAGUCGUGAUCACUUUGGUCUAGGGUGAAGAUUUUGGGAACAUUUUCAGCUUCUGAUCCACUUAAAUCUUCCUGAGCCAAAUAAACUUCAAUCACACUGUUCGACACUACAUUUUUAACUCCUAACUCCUUACGCUUCU